ACUUCCACCCAACCUGGAAGUCCGGAACUCAUCACUCUCUAUAUAAGAGCCCACCAUUCCAACCGCCUCUUCCUCUCUCUCCCUCUGUUCACCACUCCCACUGUUGCUCUGAAGCUUGGGUGAGAGGCUUGCCCUUCAUCGUCGUCCACCCCGAGAUAAACAAAAUGGCCGAUGAAGAUAUCCAGCCUCUCGUCUGUGAUAAUGGAACUGGAAUGGUCAAGGCUGGGUUUGCUGGUGAUGAUGCACCUAGGGCUGUGUUCCCUAGUAUUGUAGGCCGACCACGUCAUACCGGUGUUAUGGUUGGAAUGGGCCAAAAGGAUGCUUAUGUGGGUGAUGAAGCUCAAUCUAAAAGAGGUAUCCUUACUUUGAAGUACCCAAUUGAGCAUGGUAUUGUCAGCAACUGGGAUGACAUGGAGAAGAUCUGGCAUCAUACUUUCUACAAUGAGCUUCGAGUUGCCCCUGAGGAGCACCCUGUGCUCCUUACUGAAGCCCCCCUCAACCCGAAAGCAAACAGAGAGAAAAUGACUCAAAUCAUGUUUGAGACUUUCAAUGUGCCUGCCAUGUAUGUUGCAAUUCAGGCUGUGCUUUCUCUUUAUGCCAGUGGGCGCACAACUGGUAUUGUGCUAGAUUCUGGUGAUGGUGUCAGCCACACUGUCCCAAUUUAUGAAGGAUAUGCCCUUCCCCAUGCCAUUCUACGUCUGGACCUUGCAGGCCGUGAUCUCACAGAUGCCCUAAUGAAGAUCCUUACUGAGAGAGGCUAUUCCUUCACCACUACUGCAGAGCGCGAAAUUGUAAGGGACAUAAAAGAAAAACUUGCCUACGUUGCUCUUGAUUUCGAGCAGGAGCUGGAAACUGCCAAGAGUAGCUCAUCUGUUGAGAAAAGCUACGAAUUGCCGGAUGGGCAGGUGAUCACAAUAGGUGCUGAGAGAUUCAGGUGCCCAGAAGUGCUCUUCCAGCCAUCCUUGAUCGGAAUGGAAGCUGCUGGAAUACAUGAGACUACAUACAACUCCAUUAUGAAGUGUGAUGUCGAUAUUAGGAAAGAUCUUUAUGGCAACAUUGUGCUCAGUGGGGGUUCAACCAUGUUUCCAGGUAUAGCUGAUCGGAUGAGCAAGGAAAUCACUGCUCUUGCUCCCAGCAGCAUGAAAAUCAAGGUGGUGGCUCCACCUGAACGGAAAUACAGUGUUUGGAUCGGAGGCUCCAUCCUUGCAUCCCUAAGCACCUUCCAGCAGAUGUGGAUUUCGAAGGGCGAGUAUGAUGAAUCAGGUCCAUCAAUUGUGCACCGUAAGUGCUUCUGAACUUCCAGAGAACAGCAGUUAAGUCGGUGUUCCCGGGGAGUUUUAUGUUUCUGCAAAUCCCUGUUAUUUUCUGGAUAUGGCUAUGAUUCCCGGGUUGUUGUAUAAGUAGU